AUGCCUCGCGUGGCUGCUGACUACCGAGAGCUGACCCACAGGCUCGAGACCGAGCACCUGCUCCUGAACGUGGCUCUGGUCACAGCAGACUUGUUGCUCCUCCUCCGACAGGCUCCGGUGGUGACGCCUCGAUGCCUUUGUCCUCACUGUCCCUGGGCCUCGAAUGCCACCCUCCCGGUGUGCACGGCUCAUGGCCCCACCUCCCCCAAACGGCGUGUCUCUGUGACUCACCGGGUCUCGCCAGGUGGCUGUGACCAUGGCCUCGGGAGUCGAGCUCCGCACACUGGCCGUGCGGCCAGGGGCAGCAGCUGCGGCCCUCGGAGCCUUGGGAGUCCCGAUGAGAAACCCGAGGCCACCUCCCGGCUGGUAAGGGCCGUGGUGCCAUGCUUGUGGCGACGGCGUGAGCUGAGCUGGACGACCCACGGAAAGAAGCACCGUCGGCAGCACCCAGGGCCUCUCACCGUCCAGCCUCCUUCUGAGAAAAAGCGAAUCCUUCUUCCUCUUCUAAGACGGCGCCGUUGCUUCUCGGGGGAGAGCUGGCAGGAGGGCAGAAUGGGCAAGCGUGCGCUCCUCACCCCGCCUGCCUCCAGGCCGGCCGCUGUGUCGGGGCCGCCGGGAACGGUUCGCAUCCGCAAAGCAGAUGAUGUUGCUGACCAGGGUGUCUCCUUACCUGCAGCAGGUCAGGCGACGGAAAAGCUACGCCCAGCUUGUUGGUAUACAAUCAAUGGUCGGAAUUUUCCAGCAAGUGCACGACAGUUCACUGAGCUCACCGGGGCCCCGCCCCUUUCCCGCUCCACACAGACUAUGCUUUCAUGAGAUUUAUGUGUUGGGAUCAAGUUGCCUGGCGGUGCCCGG